UUUCCUUCUUUCAUACCAAAUAUUACAUUUUUGAAACAUAAUCAUGAUAUUUCAGUUACGAACGUUAGUCGAUUGAAGCUAUAAAAAGUAUCGAAUAAAAAACUGUAAUUUAACACGGUUAGUUAGAAAAAAAGCUCGAUAGAGGGGGAGGGAAUACCAAUCAAGAGAGUAUGUAAUUCAAGACAGAAACUCGUUGAACGAUGUAUGUAAUCGAAACAACAAGCGUAAAUCUCUAUGGCAACCUCGAUAACGGAAAGGAAGGAAACAAGUAGGAAGAAGGAGAGAGAGAGAAAUAGAGAAAGAGAUAGAUAGAGAGAAAGAGAAAGAGAAUUUCGUCGGCGUAGUCGGCUUUUCGUGGUUAUUGCCAGACCGAUAUUUGUUCGGUUCCCUUGAAAUCCCCAAAAAUGAGUGUCCUACCGUUGCCAAAGGUCGAGUGUGGUCCACCUAGACAUCAAAAGCAUCCGCAGGAGGUUAUCGGGACUGCCAACGUUACUUUCGGUCACAGAUUACGCGAUCGUGGAGAGUGUAAAAUCGUGAAGGUACGGGAAUCAAUUUUCGACAAGUUGAAAGAGGCAGAGGCAAGGGAGAGAAGAGAUUAUGAAAAUUUCCUAAAGUCAUGGGAAUUUGAGAAGGAAACUAGCAGAAAGAGAAGAGUGAAGGAAGUUCGAGGUCGAGUCGAAGAAGAAAUGGCGAUGUACGAGGAAAGCGUGAACGUACGUAGAGAGAAGUUACGGGAUCUGAUAUUGAGAGAGGAGACACAGUUGACGCGGGAAAUUGUCGAGCAAGCUCAACACGGCGAAGAUACGAGGAUGGAGGAAAUGAGAGAGGAAACUGAACGACUGAGGAAGCAACAAGAGGAACACCGUUUGGCAUUGCUUGCCUCUAAACGAAUGCAACAGUAUAUCGCGCGUUGUCCCGAGGUGAGGAACGAGUUAAUGAAGAGAAACACGAAAGAGGCGAAGAUUUGUAACUUAGUUCAAAUGGCCGAGAACAAGGCAAAGAGACAGCUCGACGAUGAGUUGGAGAGGCUUUGGCACGAGUUGAUGUUGAGAGAGGUAAAGGCCAAAGAGGAUAGAGAGGUCGAGGAAGCGAAGAAGCGUCUUCAUCUGAAAAGGGAAUCUUUGAGGGUCUUGGCCAAACAGGUGGCCGGUAAGUUGGCUUCGGAGGAAGAAGUGAAACGAGUUAAGAAAGAGGAAAGAGAGUAUCUCGAAGGAUUGUGGGAAAACGUUAGAAAAGAGGAGAGGAUGAAAUUGGAUACGGAGAAGAAGAAGCGGGAAGCAUUGAGAAAGGAACUGGAGGAACAGGCGACGAGAGCUAAGAGAAUCUUGGUCGAACGUGCGAGAGAAGAGAUUAGGAUCGAUGAGGCCUUGAACGAUCUUGCGAAGGAAGAGUUGGAGAAAGAGAAGGCCGCCAUCAAGGAAACUUCGAUGGUAUUGCGUCGAGAACUUCUCGCUUACUUGAAGUAUCUCGAAGAGUUGCGGGAGGAGGAGGCCAGGAGGAAUUUAGAAGUGGACAGGAUAGUGGAGGAGUCGAUGAAGGACGCUCGGGCGAGAAGAGACCUUGCGGUUAAGAGAUUCAAGGAGAUGCGAGAACGAAAUCUACAAGAAGUCAUUCUUUGUAGGGAGGAACAAAUGAGGAGGAAGAGGGAGAUGGAAGAAAGGGAUAAACGAUUGCUCGAGGAAGAGAAAAUCGUUUUGGAUAAAGAGAUCGAGACUAACGCGAGAUUGUGCGCGAUCGCGAGGGAGGAAGAGAAAAGGAAGAUGAUUUCUUACGGGAAGGAUCUAACGGAGCAAAUGAAAUACGUUGAGGUUAUGCGCGCUAGGGAACGCGAAGAGGACGAGAGGAUCUAUCGGGAAGGACUUAAGAGGGAGAACGAAUAUCGAAAGUUAACCGAAGAACUGCUGAACGCCUCGGAAAACGUCACGCCGCAUCCGUUCAAGCUACUCCUCAGGGAAUACGACGCUCGUCUCGCUGCCGAGAAACGAGGCCUCCGUUAUUGCCCUCCUCCUUUACCACCCCUCCUACCACCACCGCAAACCCAACCAUCGACGAAGUAAUUUUUCUAACGACUCUCAAAGCGCCUUUCCUUCUUUCCCUUCCGUGCUUUGCACUUUUACGACGACGCUGUCGUUGUUUCUCUUCUCCUUCGCCUCACACCCCUCCCCCAAACCCACCCCACCCCUCUUUGCCGUUCGCCACGAUGUAACCAACGAAUUGUGCGAUAAAGCGAUGUAAUUUUAGUCUUUUAUUACACCCCUGUCUCUUUGUCCCUUUCUUUCGACUCUGGGAGCAUUCUUUUAUACCACGAAAGGAGUUCCUUCUAACGAGGGAUAAUACGUCUACCUGAUCGCAUCACUGGAAUUUCUAUUUUGCCAGACCAACGGAAUUCCUCGUUCUCUCUUUAUAUUUGUUUAUUUAUUUGUUUAUUUUUUGUUUACUCUGCGUUUCUAUUUUUUUUCGAUUUUUUAUUUUUCCUUCCUUAUUUUUAUUUUUAUUUUCAAACAACAAAUUUCGACUCGUACGAUUCUCUCACGUGAAAAAAAAAAAAAAAGUAUCGGGACAUUUGGUGCCCGUAUAUGUAUAUCCGGUACUCUCGUAUAAUUUAUACUAUUUCGUAUUCGCAAAAAAAAAAAUUUCAUUUUAAAAACGAACCUUUGGAAAAAUCUGUGCUCCAACACGUUUUCGAAUGUGUCAUCGAAAUAAAUAUUAAUAAAAUUUGGAAAAACGUCGAUCUC